AUGACUUAUACUUGGUCAUUGUGCUUUGCUAUCAUCACCUUGGCACUUGGAACCACACUCUUUGGGUUCUCUAUCGCUGAACUCAACGCGCCUGAAAAUGCUAUUAGGCGCAGUCUUGGCCUCAAUGACGCUCAAUUGGGUGUCGCAAGUUCUGUCUUCGCGCUUGGCGGGCUCUUUGGAGCCCUACUUGCCUCUCAGACCUUGCAGCACAUCGGUCCCAAAAAAACUGUUUUCGUAACUUCGCUCCUCUACUUCGUUGGAGGGCUUGUAAAGGCUGUCGCCCAGGAUGUCACUCUCUUGGUUGUCGGAAGAUUGAUCUCCGGAGUUGCGGCAGGAGCCGUUACUGUUGCUGUUCCCCUUUUUAUCAACGAAUUGGCCCCACCAGGAUCGAAAGGGAGGCUUGGAGCGACUACACAGGUCACUAUCAACGUCGGGAUUUUGCUCACCCAGAUUUUGGGCGCAUGGUGCAACACGGAACAUACAUGGAGAAUUGUGAUGAUCGCCGGGUCUGCCUUGGGAGCAUUGCAAGCAGUAAUGCUUAUCGGUGUUACCGAAUCCCCGGAAACUUUCUACAAGAACGGAGACAAGGAACUUGCGAAAAAAACUUUGAUUUCCUUGAGAGGUACUGAAAACGUUAGUGAAGAGUUCGAUACCUUUGGACCUAGCGAAGCAACUGGCAAUGAGCAAGCAUCAGAGAAUGACCCGUUACUCGAGGGAACACCCGCAAAAGCCGAUAAUACCGAAACGGGGCUCUUUGAUUUUGUCACAAAAAAGCAACACAGAGUUUCAUUCGCCCUAGUUGUUAUGAUCAUGAUUACGCAGCAGUUCACCGGUAUCAACGCUGUGGUUAUGUAUGGAGUUGCGAUCUUGAGCAACAUGCUCCCACAAUAUGCAGGAGGUCUCAACGCAGCGAUUUCAGGAAUCAAUCUGAUAAUCACGAUUAGUGCCUCUACGUUGUUUGACGUGGUUUCUCAUCGCUCCCUGCUUCUAACGUCGAUCAUUGGUAUGACAAUUUUCGCGCUUACCCUCGCCUGCGGUAUGAUGUACAAUUUCCCUGUUUUGUCAGCUGUGGGGGUCUUCUUCUUUGUCGGUUCCUUCAGUAUCGGGCUCGGUCCACUACCUUGGAUGGUAGCUGCGAACAACGUUCCCAGGAACUCGAUCGGAGCAGCACAAUCAAUCGCUCUUGUUGCAAAUUGGGUUGGCACCGCGGUAGUCAGCUUCGCUGUACCUGUGGCUGCUGCUAGUAUGGGCAUGGACAUGGUAUUCUUCGGCUUUGCUGGGCUUGGCGCGCUCUUCUUCGUUUGGGGAUUUUUCUUCCUUCCUUGCAACUAG